UUGUCACAUCUCUCCCCGCUCGAUUCACCCCCCCUCCCUUCAACUCCUCUAUCUGAAGAGAGAAAUCAGGUUCAAAGUCUGGGUCCAAAAUUCCUUACUUAUAAUUACAAUUUAUUUAUAAUUAAAGUACCCUUGUGCAUAAGAAGAUAUUAAAUAUGUCUAAUAGUAAGAUCUUCAAUGCCCUCAAGGUUCUUAAAAACCGAAACAAUAUCUAUUUAUUAAACAGGCUACAUAACAGGCACUAUGCAGCUGCAGUAGCUUCACCAGUUCACACCAAAUGUAAAUUGGUAAACGGAGUAUAUGUUGUAACAUUAGAUUCGCCAAAUGCUAAGGUCAACUCAUUAAAUAAUGCUGUUAUGGAUGAAGUUAGAAACAUCAUCAAUGAAGUUGAAUCUAAUCCAGCUAUUGAAGCUGCUGUUUUCAUAUCAGGGAAACCAGGAUGUUUCAUAGCUGGCGCUGACAUAACUAUGAUUGAAAGUUGCAAAACUAAAGAGGAAGUUGUAGCUCUUUCUAAGAGUGGACAUGAAAUAUUUAAAAAGAUUGAAACUUCUCACAAGCCAUAUGUAGCAGCUAUACAAGGCAGCUGUCUUGGCGGGGGAUUAGAGACAGCUCUAGCUUGUAAAUAUAGGAUUGCCGUUAAAGAUGCUAAGACAGGCUUUGGUCUGCCCGAAGUAAUGCUUGGACUAUUACCUGGAGGUGGUGGUACACAAAGGAUGCCUAAACUGACUUCAAUUCCUACAACUUUAGAUUUAGCACUUACUGGAAAAACUGUCAAGGCAGAUAAGGCAAAGAAACUUGGAUUAGUUGACUUAUUAGUUGCACCACUUGGACCUGGCUUAGGACAACCUGAAAGCAACACAAUGAAAUAUCUGGAGGAUGUUGCUGUCUUAGUAGCAAAAGAUAUUGCAUCGGGAAAAAUAAAAGUCGAUCGCUCCAAAAAAGGAUUAGUUAACAAAGUGACUGCUGCUGCCAUGCAGUGGGACUUUGUAAAGAAUUUCAUUUUCAAUAAAGCAAAGGAACAAGUAAUGAAGGCAUCACGUGGCUUAUAUCCUGCCCCACUUAAAAUUCUUGAAGUGGUAAGAACAGGUGUAGACAAGGGCCCCGUAGCUGGCUACGAGGCGGAGGCGCAGGGCUUCGGCGAGCUCGCCAUGACUCCACAGAGCAAAGGGCUCAUUAGUCUCUUCCGUGGACAGACUGAGUGCAAGAAAAACAGAUUUGGAAAAUCACAAGUUGAUGUCAAGAAUAUUGGUGUACUCGGUGCGGGUUUGAUGGGGGCCGGUAUUGUGCAAGUAUCUAUUGAUAAGGGCUACAAUGUAGUAAUGAAAGAUGCUACAAAUGCAGGUCUGUACCGAGGUGUUGGACAGAUCCAGAAUGGUCUUGUGAAUGCUGUUAAAAGGAAGAGAAUCUCAGCUUUACAAAAGGACAAAUACCUAUCAAACUUACUGCCGACUCUGGACUAUAGCAAGUUUAAGAAUACUGACUGUGUUAUUGAAGCUGUGUUUGAAGAUAUCAACAUCAAACACAAAGUGAUCAAGGAGCUGGAAGCUGUAGUACCCAAACACUGUAUCAUAGCUACUAACACCAGUGCUAUUCCUAUUACUAAGAUAGCUGCAGGCAGUAGCCGACCUGAGAAGGUUAUUGGCAUGCACUACUUCUCUCCCGUGGACAAGAUGCAGCUGCUGGAGAUCAUCCGCCACCCCGGCACCAGCGACGACACGGCGGCGGCGGCGGUGGCCGUGGGCCUGCGGCAGGGCAAGGUGGUCGUCACCGUCGGGGACGGGCCUGGCUUCUAUACGACACGCAUCCUCUCCACGAUGCUCAGCGAGGCUAUCAGGUUACUUCAAGAAGGUCUAGACCCUAAAGAUUUAGACAAUAUGACGAAACAGUUUGGUUUCCCAGUGGGUGCUGCUACAUUAGCAGAUGAAGUUGGUAUUGAUGUCGGGUCUCAUAUUGCUGUUGAUUUAGCUAAGGCUUUUGGUGAACGUAUCAGUGGCGGAGAUUUGAACAUAAUGCAAGAUUUCGUCAAAGCUGGGUUCAUGGGGAGAAAGUCUGGAAAAGGUAUCUAUGUGUAUGAAAAGGGCACGAAGAACCGUGAUGUCAAUCAGGAAGCUAUACAAAUAUUAAAAGACAAGUACUCUCUAGAGCCUCGCGGGGCGAGCUCUGUCGAAGAUCAACAAUUGAGAAUGGUGUCUAGGUUUGUCAAUGAAGCAGUAUUAUCAUUAGAAGAAAAGAUUCUUCAUAGUCCGUUAGAAGGUGAUGUUGGUGCCGUAUUUGGUUUAGGGUUCCCACCAUUCACCGGAGGACCAUUCAGAUGGGUUGAUCAAUUUGGUGCUGACAAAUUGGUUAAGAAGAUGGAAGAAUAUCAAGGUCUUUAUGGAGCCCCAUUCAAACCAGCUCAAACUCUAGUUGAUAUGGCAAAAGAUACCAGCAAGAAAUUCUAUAAAAAUUAAUCUUAUGAAGUUAAAAAAGGUCUGCAACAAUACUUCUUCCACAGCUCUUCCAUAUUUUUAAUACUUUUUUCAUGAAACUUGAUAACAACAAACCAAAAAGCCUAUACAAUAAUUUUUGUAAUCUGAUGCUUUAUCUUUAGUCGAAGUUGCAUUGUUACAGCAGUUUAAGAUUUGGAGUAAUUUAUAUAUGACUAGUUGAAUGUGGUUGAUUAUGUAGUUAGAAUGAUUUAUUUAUUUAAAACUCUCCAUUGGACAAAAUUCGAACAUAGGAAUAAAACUCAGACUUUUAUGUAUGUCGAGUCUCCCUGUCCCUGUCAACCUUCAAGUCAAACAAUUGUCAAUGCCUUUGUAAUGUUUAUUUAGUUUUAAGGAAAAUAUAUUUUUGCUAUAUAUAUAUAAUAUAAUCUAAUUAUGUGAAAAUGAUCAUAUGUCGAGCGCGUCUUGUUAAUUUCUAUAUUUGAACUGAUGAAAGUUUGUACCUAGAAUAAUAAAAAAUUAACAUGCUAUUGCAAUA